AUGCCGUGUGCUAAGUGUAAUCUAAAUGUUUCCCCGAAUAAAAGAGCUAUAUGUUCUACAUGUAGCAAUGAUUUUCAUACUGCAUGUACAAAUCUUAAAACACUAACUAACUUUAAUAACUCAAAAGAUAGCUGGAAAUGCGAAACUUGUACUUCCAAAUUGAAAAAUGUUGUAGCACGUAAAAAGUUGGACGGUUAUCUUAACAAUGAAUGCAGUGAAAAGUACAAUCUUGAUUCGGUCAAAAUUGACCUAAAUAUUGUAUUGGAUAAAAUUGAAUCACUUUCUAAUAAUAUUAAAUCUAUUGAGAAAUCUAUUGGUUUUUGCUCUGAUUCGAUUGAUGAUUUAAACGUUAAGCUAGAAGAAGCUGUUAAAAAGAUUUCUGAUAUAGAAAAUAAAAUGCUUAGAUACGAACAUAAAUGUAAUAAAUUAGAAAAAGAAGUCAAUAUUCUCAAGGCAGUAAUCAACAAUAAUGAACAAUUAAUGCUCUCUAAUAAAAUAGAGAUUUCUGGUAUUCCAAAAACUGCCAAUGAAAAUAUUACUGAGGUUGUCAAAACAUUAGCACAAUCAUUAAAGUGUGACGUUCAAGAUUGUGAUAUCAUUGACGCUUUUAGAGGUAAAGCAUACAAGAACAUGGACGGUAAAAUUUAUACACACCUAAUUUCAAAAAAUAUCAAAGAAUUGUUUGUUAAAAACAUAAAACUACGAUACAAAAAUAAUAAUCCAUUAUUAGCUAAUGAAAUUCAUAGGAAUUUCCCGGAAAACAAAAUAUUUAUUAACGAUCAAUUAACCAGUCAUAAUAAGAAAUUAUUAUGGUUUUCUAAGGAAGUCGCAAAAAACUAUAAUUACAAGUAUACCUGGGCAAAUAUGAGAGGGAUUUUCAUGCGAAAAGGAGAAGGAGAUCAAGUCAUCAAAAUUCAUAACCUUGAAACUUUGAAAAAAAUGGAUCAAAACAAAAAGAUAUCUGAGCUAUGGGACAGUAGCAGUGUUGACUUGAAAUAA